CCUACCACCACAUUCCCUGAAAAGCAAGGAACAUCCAUGGCGUCCGUCUCACAUCUGUUGCUCCUCCUCCUGUGUAACUACCAUGUUAUGAUUGCUAGUGCAGUGGACGUGCAGAGCUACAAGAUUCUCGCAACCAGCUCCCAGAAGCCUCAAGCCGUCUGCUCGGAGCCCACAGUGACUCCGUCGUCGUCCAGUGGAGCCACGCUGCGGUUAAGCCACCGGUAUGGCCCGUGCUCGCCGGCGCCAUCUACGGACGAGCCAACCAUGGCGGAGCUUCUCCAGCGUGACCAACUCCGAGCUGAAUACGUCCAACGCAAGUUCUACAGCGGCGACGACGCGCUGGAUCAAUCGAAGAUUACCGUGCCGACUAACCUGGGAACAGCCCUGGAGACGCUGCAGUACGUGAUCACCGUCGGCAUCGGCUCCCCGGCCGUGACCCAGAAAAUGAUUAUCGACACCGGUAGCGACGUGUCGUGGGUGCACUGCUCCAGCCCGAACGGCUCGGUCCUCUUCGACCCCGUCAAGUCCAGCACCUACUCUCCCUUCUCCUGCACCUCCACGCCGUGCACGCAGCUCGGCGAGGACGGCAAUGGCUGCUCCAGCUCGCAGUGCCAGUACAUGGUCACGUACGGCGACGGCUCCAACACCACCGGCACCUACGGUUCCGACACGCUGGCGCUGACCACUUCCGAAACCGUCGCCAACUUCAACUUUGGCUGCAGCCACAAAGAGGAGGGCUUCGACGACAAAACCGACGGGCUCAUGGGGCUGGGUGGCGACGCGGAGUCUCUGGUGUCGCAGACGGCCGCGACCUACGGCAAGGCCUUCUCGUACUGCCUCCCGGAGACCUCGCGCAACCCCGGGUUCCUCACGCUCGGUGCCCCCAACAGCACGUCGGGCUUCGUGACGACGCCCAUGUACAAGUUCGAGAACGUGUCCACUUACUACGGCAUUCUCCUCCAGGACAUCGCCGUCGGCGGGGACCCGCUCGGUAUAUCGCCCGCCGUCUUCUCCGCGGGGUCCGUGAUGGACUCGGGCACGAUCAUCACGCGGCUCCCAGCGAGGGCGUACUCGGCGCUCUCGUCGGCGUUCAGGGCGGGCAUGAGGGGAUACCCGAGGGCACCGACCGUCAGCCUCUUCGACACCUGCUUCGAUUUCACGGGGCUGGAUCUGGCCAAUGUCUCGGUACCCGCCGUCACUCUGGUGUUCGACGGCGGCGUGGAGGUCGACCUAGUCUACAACGGCAUCAUGGUAGCCAUCGGCGACGACACUAUGGUCACCGAAUGCCUCGCAUUCGCUGCCACUAGCAGCCUCAGCCUCAUCGGCAACGUGCAGCAGCGAACUUUUGAGGUGCUGCACGAUGUCGGCCAGGGCGUCUUCGGGUUUCGGUCGGACGCGUGCUGA